GGAGUGGUGCCGUGUUGUUCUACUGAUGACAACAAGGAAAAGUCAAAUUUAAAGCUAUAGUAUAGUGUUUAGUGUUUUCUCGUGAAAAUUUUAGGAAAUUAUAGAAAGCUGCGAAUUACAACUAUAUUUUAAUUUACAGAUAUUAACUAUGACAACUGAACAAAAAUUUAAUGCAGCAGUUAAUGUAAUCAGAAGUUUACCAAAGAAUGGAUCAUAUCAACCUAGUAACGAUUUGAUGUUAAGAUUUUAUGGUUAUUAUAAACAAGCUACAAAUGGUCCCUGUACUGGUUCCCGUCCGGCAUUUUGGGAUCUCGUCGGUAGAGCUAAAUAUGAUGCAUGGAAAAGUCUUGGUGAUAUGACUAAACAGGAAGCUAUGAAUAAAUAUGUUAACGAACUUCAUACAAUAGUUGAAACUAUGAGUUAUUCAGAUAAAGUCGCCAAUUUCUUAGAAGCUCCUACCAAUGAAUUGGACUCAAUUAAUAUUGACGAUUUAGAGCUAAUAGCUGGAGAUGUUUUGGAGAGGGUGAGAUCACAGCCAAAUUCCCCUUUGGCAUCCAGAGAAGGUUCUCCAAUUCGGUUUGGAUCUAAAAGUGCUAGCUCUACGUCAACUCCUUCUGUAUCUAAUAGUACACCAGAUGAAUCUGAUCACAGUGAUGAUGAAUAUAUUGACACAAUCGAGAAUCCUGUUCCAUUAAGAAAUAACACGUACAAUGAAACCAUCCCAAACGGAUAUGUUAACAAUUCUCAAAGUCAACAUAUUGCGAGGCCAAAAAUUAAAUCAACUUCAAAUAUUGAUAUAUCCCAGGAAAUCACAAAAGCAGUUCAAAGUCUUCGUGUAGAUAUUGAGAAAUUAUCACAAAAAGUCAGUACUUUGGAAUCAUCAAAAACAUCGCUAGUUGCAAGACAAAGGGGAAUGUUCUCAGGAGUAUCGAAACAAUUUUUGGUUUUUGUAAUAAUUUGGCCUUUUAUCACUCACCUUAUUUUAAAUCGAUAUUAUUCUAGACGAAACUAAAGCUUAGAAAAAUAACGAAAGGACACAGACAUCCUACCGAGUAUAUAAUUACAAUGUGUUUGCAGGUUUUCAGAGAUAUUUCAGCAGUCAUAAUUUGUGAUGAAUGCCAUACAUAUUUUACCAAUAUAUGCUACAAAUUUCAUCAAAAAAGUGCAUUUUUAUAGAUAAUUUAUAUGAACAAGAGAAAUAUUCACCAUUUAAUUUUUCAACAUCUUCUUCAGAAGAUUUUAUACUAUGAUAAUAAAAAUACAGAAAUUGAAUAUUACAUAUUUAUUGACAAGAAAAUUAUAGAAAGGUGCUAAUACAACUUUUUCGGUAUGCCUUUUCUCAGCCUCUGUUAAGUUUCUAUAUCUUUCAUGGUCAUAUUUAUGUUUUUUAGUUAAGUUCUGGUUGAUAGGUCAUAAUAUAUCUGUAAAACAAAAAAUAGAGCGCGUGCCGUGUGCUGGACAACGCCUCUAGGACUUCCAAUGUCCAAUUUUUUCAUUUUUUUUUUUGGUAAUACAUUAGUUUAAAAAUUCAAAAAAACAUUUGUUUGAAACUAAUAGAUAUUAAAAAAAAAACAAAA